AUGACGUCGCCGAUCGAGGUCUACCAAGGCUGGCUCAUCAUCAAGACGCAGAGCUACGUCAACGUGCGGCCCCGGCACCAACGCUACAGCGUCCUCGCCGUCCAUCCGAGCAACAUAGCAUCGCUCAUUCUCUUCACGUUCAAGUUCCAGCCAUCGUCGGACGAGUUGGCGGCGACGCUGGCCAACCCGUCGGCCAAGUCGUACUCGGACUUGAAGUUUGUGCCAUGGGAGAAGCGCAACCGGGGCUUUUACCUCCAUGCACUCGACAAGGAGAACCGGCCCUGCGUGCUCGAGAUCGACGUCAAGACGGAAGACCUCUUCUUCCAAUGGGUCGAGCACCUCACGACCGUACCAAAGUCGAUCGCGCCUCGCCCUGCGCCCAUGCGCUCCGGGUCCUCGCCGCCCAAGACCGCUGCUGUGAACGCAGGGCCAAAAGCAUCGUCGGAGAUUUGGACCAAAGGCGCGUCGAUCCACCGCGGUCUCCAGAACGCCACAGGCGAGAACAAUUGCUUCUUGAACGUCAUCAUCCAGAGCUUCUGGCACCUCAUUUCGCUUCGCCGGCUGCUCCAAGACGUCAUCAUCAAAGACUCGGACGACGUCGCGUCCCACGUCCUUCGCGCGCUCAAGGAGAUCAUGCUCGCGUACGAAGACCCGUCGAGUGGUGCGCUGCACCCGAAAGUGCUGCGCAAGUGGCUCAGCCUCCUCUACAGCGCGGACAAGAUGUUUCAAGAAGGCUCGAUGGCCGACGCGGAAGAGACGCUGCUCACGAUCCUCAACCUCAUGCACCAGCAAUCGGACGUGACGGAGCUCACGGACUUUGAUAAGAAGGCGCUCAAGUCGCGUAGCUUCCUUCUGAGCGCGAGCCAGUCGGGCUUUGAGGAGAAGCCCAUGGCGGUCUUUGACCCCAAGAGCAUUCCGCACAUUGUGUUUUCGCACCAGAUCUACGACCGGUCCGUGUGCCGCGCGUGCCACGCGUCGUCCAACUGGGAGCUGUACAGCAAUCUGGUGUUCUCGAUCUAUGCGACGGACGCGAUCGCGCGGCCGUACCGCGACAUGGAAGACAUGCUGCGCGAGAUGCCCAACAACAUGGACGUGCACGGGUCCUGCCAAGUCGAAGGCUGCAAGGGCAAGCUCGCCACCGAGCGUGUCAUCCAGCGGUUCCCCCCGGUGUUUGCCAUCUCGUUUCUGUGGGCCACCAACAGCCCGCCGAAGGAAGAGAUCGAGUCGCUCCUGCACAUCAUUAGCGACUCGGUGGAUCUCUCGCACGCGUUCACGGCGCAGGGCGAAGCCGCCAAGCACGCCAAGUUCCUCGGUGGCCUCAAGGCCCAGUAUCGGUUCCGCGGUUUUGUCUGCUACUACGGCCGGCACUACUUUGCCUUCUUCUACAGCACGGCGCACCAGUCGUGGCUCCUCUUUGACGACAGCAAGGUCACCGAGAUUGGCGAUUGGCCUGACGUCAUCCGGCACUGCGUCAAGGGCCGGUACCAGCCGGUGCUGCUCUUCUAUGAAGUGCCCGACAACCGCAAGGACUCGUCGAUUGCACUCUUUCGCAACUUUACGGUCGGGGCCAACGGUGCGGUCGAGGGCGCCGUGAAGCCGACGACAAUCACCGAAGAAGCCGCGCCGACGCGCGAGCGCAAGCUCUCGGACACGGGCAAAUCCCUCCUGCGAGAAGUACUCGGUGCGACGCCGCCGACAGCAUCGCCGUCAACCUCGCUGCUGCAGCUUCCGUCGACGGGCGGCUUUGGCGCGGUCGACGAAGGCAACGCGCUCUUUCAGAGCAUCAAGGCUGUGAACGCCGCCAUUGCCAUGCCGCCACGCACCAACAUUAUGAACAAGGCGUGCGAGAGCGACGAGUACGACGUCCAGUUCCCCGUCGACGCGGUCGUCCUCGGCCUCUACUUGGAGAAGAUUGAGAAUGACUUGUGCGUCACGGCCUUCCCGCGCCUGCCCAACGGUGAGGCCAUGGGCGCCGAAGCCUCGGGCCAAAUCGGACUCUUUGACCGGCUCGUCAUGGCCAACGGCCACCCGCUCGGGCACUACUCGGUCGACCGCGCGCUCAAGAUGAUUCAAGGCCAGACGCGGCCGCUUCGUAUUCGGUUCCAAAAGUCGACGCGCGUCAAGCAGCUCAUCGAGAUGGGCUUUGACCACGAGCAGGCGGUCGCGGCCCUUCUGGCGUCGCGGGGCAGCGUCGAGGGCGCCGCCAACCAGCUCUUUAGCACGAGCCGAGGGCCGUAG